UGUAUCAAGGCUGGAGUGCCUCUCCCCGCGGGUCGGGGCCCGGGGUCCUGCACGCCCACUCCGCCUCCACUUUCGCGAGGCGCCUCCAUCGGAAUGUGGAGGUCUCGUGUCAUGGGAAACAAGGUCACCUCAAAUUUUCUUAGUCUGCAAGAAGCCAAGAAGGUUGGCUCUGCAGGGGGGUGGCCGCCUUGCCGAGGCCAUCGCGGCUUUUUCAGCUUGAGCAUUCCUCGGGCGCGGCUGAGCUCAUCCUUGGACUCGUUGCAAUCCCUCACAUAAAAAGACAGACUGGGCGAGGGGCGUUAUUAUCCACUUAAUUCAAGAUUGGACAGCUAAGGUUGGCCCAGGCGAGGGGCACCUCACCUCCGGUACCCUGCAAGGCACGUCCUGGCCCUUCCUCCCCUGCUGAACGCCAGGCCCCAGCUUCCGGCCACGCCCACCUCCCGCCUCCCGCACCGCCGCCUCCAUCACCUCUUCGCACCAAAGGAAAGCAAUACAUCCUUGGCGUGGCUCACGGUCUAGGACUAAACAGGCACGGGAGGGAGUCCGUUGUGAGGGGGAGGCGAGUGCGAGGAGGGUGGGGCGGUCAGCCGGGGAGGCGGGUGAGGAUGGGCGGGUGUCAGGCUCAGGCGGCGCCGCUCAGCAGGACUUCAGACACUCGGCGACCGCCGCACUAGUCACUCACGUUCGCCGUGCUGUGGUCCUCUGACGCGGGCUCUCGCUUUGCUUGCCCACGACACCGACGCGUGCACGAACAGACGGACACCCGGCGCGCAGCUUCCUCCCUCCGCGUGAGUGUGCCAAUGCUGCCCCCUAAGUGCCACAUGACGCCCGCAUAACGCCGUAGGACGCGCGCGAUGCUGGUGACGGUGGGGCUGAUCCUGGUGGCCGCCGCCCAGGCCCUCGCCAAGCCCGAUGGAUACUCAGGAUAUGAGCUCGGCCGCCGCCCGCCGCCUGGGGGACCCAACGUGUGCAAUACCAACAGCAACCGGAUCCGAAGUUGCUGCCCGGGCUGGACGCAGAAGACGACCAACAACCUCUGCAUCAUCCCCAUUUGCGUGAGGAACUGCGGGCAGGGCGGACGCUGUGUACGUCCCAACCUGUGCAUCUGUCCCACGGGCGCCAUCUCCCAGGUGUGUGGAGGCUCCGGCAGGAAUGGGAGGCUCGGCGGACGGAAUGGCCUAAGCCGGAACGGGUAUAGGAAUGGCUACAAUGGAGGGGGUCCCGGGACUAUUAGCAUCGGCGGCCCCGGCGGCCCUGGUGGAGUGGGUGGCGUCGGGGGUGGUGGUGGCGUUGGGGGACCAGGAACAGGAGUGCAUGGAGUAGGGAAUGGAAGAGGCGUCAAUGGGGGUGUAAGGCCAGGAACAGGGACAGGCGUGGGAGUGGGAACCAACGGAGGCGUGGCGCCAGUAUACACUAACGGCGUAGGACCCGGCGGGACAGAAGUGAUUGGAGGCCCGGGCGUGAGAGGGCCAGGCGUUGUCGGCAGACCGGGCGUACCAGGAGGACCAGGUAUCGGCGUUGGACCAGGAGGCCCAGGGGUACCAGGCAUUGUGGGCGGACCUGGCGGGCCAGGAGGACCAGGGUUUCCCGGUGGGCCAGGAGGACCAGGGUUUCCCGGUGGCCCAAGAGGACCAGGAUUUCCCGGUGGGCCAGGACCAGGAUUUCCCGGUGGACCAGGAGGACCAGGGUUUCCCGGUGGGCCAGGACCAGGGUUUCCCGGUGGACCAGGAGGACCAGGGUUUCCCGGUGGGCCAGGAGGACCAAGGCUCCCCGGCGUGCCAGGAGGCCCAGGAGUCCCGGGUGUGCCGGUGGGGCCUGGCGCAACCAUCGUCAACGGCAGAGUGACGUACCCGGGGUCGGGGGACAGGCAAGCCGCUGUGUGUCAGCAGCCGUGCCUCAACGGCGGCCGCUGCGUCGGGCCGGACCGCUGCGCCUGCGUGUACGGGUUCACCGGCAGGCGUUGUGAAGUGGACUACCGGACAGGGCCGUGCUUCACCAAGGUGCAGCAUGACAUGUGCCAAGGCCAGCUGCCGGGUGUGGUGUGCACCAAGCAGCUGUGUUGUGCCACCAUUGGUAAGGCUUGGGGCCACCCCUGUGAGCACUGUCCUCAGAGACUUGACUGUGACAAAGGAUUCCUCAAGAACAUUCACAGUGGACAAUGUGUAGAUAUUGAUGAGUGUGGGGCCAUCCCCGGCUUGUGCGAGGGAGGCAUCUGUGUCAACAGCCACGGGUCCUUCAGGUGUGAGUGUCCCGAGGGUCAAGUGCGAAACCCCGAGUCCAACGCCUGCGAGGACCGCGACGAAUGUGAUGACGAAGACACCUGCCUCAACGGCCGCUGUGUUAACACUGACGGCAGCUACUACUGCAGCUGCAACAGUGGCUACAUCCCCAGUCAGGACCGCAAGAGCUGCUUAGACACCCGGCAGGGAUUCUGUUACACAGAGAUCCGAGGCCGCAACCGGUGCAAGAAGCCACUGCCCAUCCCCCUCACCCAGCAGGCAUGUUGUUGUGGCAAGAACAUGGGCAAGGCGUGGGGAGAGGGACGCAAUGAAUGCAUUUCCUGCCCCAUGGUUGGCGAGGAGAGGUACCAGAGGAUGUGUGAACAGGCGGGCUACAAACACCCACCAAUGGAUCACUGCGCCCUCAACCCUGAACUGUGUGGCAGUGGCGGCCGCUGCGUUGACACUGCUGACGGCUUUACUUGUGAAUGUUAUGAUGGCUAUGAGCUCAACUCUGAUGAUGACUUAUGUGAAGACGAGGAUGAGUGCCGCGAGGGUGCCUGCCUGGGGGGCCAGUGCUACAAUACUCAGGGCAGCUUCAGAUGUCACUGUCCGGUUGGCUUUGAUAUUUCUUCGGAUGGCCUCUCCUGCCUUGAUCACGACGAGUGCAGCGAGACGGGAAUGUGUGCCAACGGAGUCUGCACCAACAUGGACGGCUCCUUCAAGUGUGUGUGCAGUGAGGGUUAUGUCCUCUCCUCAUCAGGAUUCGCUUGCAUCGACAUCAACGAGUGUGAAGAAAACCGACGCAUUUGCUUAUUUGGGCGCUGCGAGAACUUGGAGGGAAGUUAUCGCUGUAUUUGUGACAACGGCUACACACACGCCCCAGACGGCAGCUUCUGUACAGACAUGGAUGAGUGCAGUGAGACAGGGAUGUGUGACCACGGCUCAUGCCUCAAUGUUGACGGCUCCUUCAAGUGUGUGUGUCAGCCUGGCUACACACUCUCUCCAUCGGGCAAAACCUGUAUUGACCUAGAUGAGUGUAAAUCUGGCCCAUGCAAGAAUGGCCACUGCAUCAACACAGAUGGAAGCUUCAGGUGUGAGUGUCCUCCUGGCUUCACCUUGGGAGUCAACGGCAUGAUUUGUCUAGACACCAAGUUAGACUUCUGUUAUGCUGUUUUCCGGGAUGGCCAGUGCUCCAAUCCCUCCACCACCCCCACCACCAAGUCUGCCUGCUGCUGCUGCACUGUGAUCCUGGGGCAGCCCAUGGGCUGGGGAACGCCCUGUCAAGCUUGCCCUCUGCCUGGAACACACGAGUUCCUCUCCCUCUGUCCCCAUGGCUCAGGCACAACGCAUGAGGGUCACGAUAUCAAUGAGUGUGCUCUCAGCCUGCCCAUCUGCCGCAAUGGUGCAUGUGAGAAUCUCGAGGGUGGCUACCGCUGCAUAUGCAACACUGGCUACACUGUGGAUGAGAGCGGCCGCCAGUGUCAUGACAUCAAUGAAUGCGCUAUUGACAAUCUGCUCUGUGAUGGGGGACAGUGCCGGAACACGCCAGGAAGCUAUCAGUGCAUCUGUCCGUCAGGCACCCAGUUCAACCCUGCCACACGGGUUUGUGCAGACAUAGACGAGUGCAAGGAAUUCGGGGAAGAAGCCUGUGUUGGGGGCACCUGUGUCAACGUGAUUGGCUCCUACAAGUGCGAGUGUGAAGAGGGAACCAUAGUUGACUCCACUGGCAGAUACUGCAUUGACAACAGGCGAGGGUCUUGCUGGACAAAAGUCAAGGAUGGACGCUGUGAAAACAACCUCCCCAAACUGACGCUCAAGGCCGAGUGUUGCUGCACCAUUGGCAAAGCUUGGGGCUCACCAUGCGAGAUCUGCAAGCCAGAGGACUGUGACUGUCGUAUUGGUUUCGCAAAGAUGGACGGCAAGACCUGCCAAGACAUCAAUGAGUGUCUCCUCCACCCUGGCAUCUGCCAAGGUGGUGGUGAGUGUGUCAACACUGACGGCUCUUUCACUUGCAACUGUCCCCCGGGGCUCACUCUGGACAACACCAAGACCAAGUGCCUUGACCUGCGAGAGGAAACUUGCUACCUGGAGUACAGGAGUGGAUUGUGCAGCAAGCCUAUGGAUGGACUCUUUAAGAAGUCAGCCUGCUGCUGCACGGUGGGCCGGGCAUGGGGCGAGGGCUGCGAGGGCUGUCCACGGCCAGGCACUGACGCCUUUGAUGAGCUUUGUCCCAAAAGUUACGGCUACGAAGGACGAAAGGACGUCAACGAGUGCAUCACCUUUUCCGACAUGUGUGAGAAUGGUCGCUGCAGGAACUCCAUCGGGUCAUUCUCGUGUCGCUGCAACCAAGGCUAUGCACUGGAUGAGGAUGGCGUUAAGUGCCUGGAUAUUGAUGAGUGUGGCAUCAUGCACGGCGUGUGCGGCAACGGCACCUGCCAGAACACGGCCGGCUCCUUCAUGUGUGACUGUGACACGGGCUUUGAGUCCACCAUGAUGAUGCAAGUUUGCAUGGACAUCAACGAGUGUGAGAGAACACCCGGCCUCUGCAGGGGCGGCCGCUGCAUCAACACGCCCGGCAGCUUCAGGUGUGAGUGUCCACCGGGCCACGAGCUUUCCUCAGACCACCGCUCAUGCAAGGACAUUGAUGAGUGUUCUCGUACUUCAGGAAUCUGCUCCAACGGUGUGUGUGAGAACAUGAUGGGCACUUACCAGUGUAUGUGCAAUGAUGGCUACCAGCAGACUGGCCAGAAGUCUCACUGUGAAGACAUUGAUGAGUGCAGCCUCAAUAAUGGUGGCUGUGAUGACGUCUGCAUCAACACUCCGGGACUCUUCUCGUGUUCUUGCUCCACUGGGUACAUGCUGCUGCUGGACGGCCGCUCAUGUUCCGAUGUGGACGAGUGCAAGGAAAAUGCAGCCAUCUGCGCUGGAGGCCAGUGCACCAACACUCCCGGGACGUACCUCUGCACAUGUGAGGGCGGCCUUCUUCCCGACCCAGACGGUCCAGGCUGCUUGGAUGUGGACGAGUGUGAAAUGAACCCCAACCUGUGUCAGAAUGGCAAGUGUAGCAAUGUUGCCGGGUCAUUUGCUUGCCGCUGCGAAGACGGCUACAGUGUCAAAUCUGAGCUUGGUCCAGGAUGCACUGACGAUGAUGAGUGUUCCAUGGGAACGUUCCGCUGUGACCCGAAUGCUGAGUGCAGCAACAUUGAUGGCACCUAUGAGUGUCAUUGUAGAGACGGGUUCACAGGAAAUGGGAAAACUUGUCGGGAUGUCAACGAGUGUCUCACCAACAACGGUGGCUGUCACCGCGACGCUCAGUGCAUCAACACUGACGGCUCCUUCAAGUGUGUGUGUGAUAUCGGGUUCAGGGGCGACGGCUCCUUCUGUGAGGACAUAGAUGAGUGCACGCAGGACCCAACCCUGUGCGAGAAUGGCCAUUGCCUGAACCACCCAGGGACCUUCCAGUGUGACUGUGAGAUGGGCUUCAUGCACCCAGACCCCCCCAAUGAACUGGACUGUGUUGAUAUAGACGAGUGUGAGAUGUUCAACAACCUCUGUGUGUAUGGCCAGUGUGAGAACAUCUUUGGAAUGUUUCGUUGUAUCUGUGACACUGGCUACCACCUUGAUGCGACGGGAGGUAAUUGCACCGACAUUGACGAGUGUGACAAUCCAGACGUGUGCCAGUACGGAACGUGUAUCAACCAGCAGGGAAUCUACGAGUGCGAGUGUCCUCCAAACUAUGAACUCAUUGACUCGGGUGAUGGCUGUAUUGACCGCCGUGAAGGAGAGUGUUUCUUGGAUGUCCUCAGUGUGAGAGAAAAGCACGGCAUCUGCCACGAUCCUCUUGGAGACCCUGUGACACGCUCCACCUGCUGCUGCUCCAUUGGCAAGGCGUGGGGGCCCCGCUGCGAGGUGUGUCCAGCCGAAGACUCCGAUGAAUACCAGCAGCUGUGUCCUGGUGGCAAGGGAUUCCGUCCAAACACAAUCACUGUAAUUUUAGAGGACAUUAAAGAAUGUGAGGAAAUGGAGAACCUUUGUGGGAAUGGACGUUGUUCUAACACGUUUGGCUCCUUCAUGUGUUCCUGUGACCGGGGCUACAGACUGAACGAGGCCGGCUCUCUCUGUGUAGAUUUUGAUGAAUGUGCAGAUCAAAGUAAAUGCAAGAAUGGUCGCUGCAUCAACACCAUUGGCGGCUAUGAGUGUGAAUGCCCUGACGGCUACACAUUGCUUCCUAAUGGGGCAGAGUGUAUUGACAUGAGAGAGGAGACUUGCUUCAUGGAGUACAAUGAUGGGGUGUGCACCAUGCCGAUGAGGGCUUCAAUCACAAGGAUGAAGUGCUGCUGCUCCAUGGGGGCCGCUUGGGGCUUCAACUGCGAGCCAUGUCCAGCAAAGAACACAAUGCCCUACAGUGACCUGUGCUACACCGGCCGGCCAGGCGCUGGGCUGCCUGGCCUGCUUCCCAGCCGCCCAGGUGAUUCCAUUCCCGGAAGACCAGGCGAGUUUUACCCCCCCGGCCGCCCAGGUGACCCCAUUCCUGGACGACCAGGAGAGUUUUACCCCCCAGGUCGCCCAGGUGACCCUAUUCCUAUUAGACCAGGUGACCCCAUUCCUGGAAGACCAGGAGAGUUUUACCCCCCGGGCCGCCCAGGUGAUCCCAUUCCCGGAAGACCAGGGGAGUUCUAUCCUGAAGGCCGCCCAGGUGACCCUAUUCCCGGAAGACCAGGGGAGUUCUAUCCUGAAGGCCGCCCAGGUGACCCCAUUCCCGGAAGACCAGGGGAGUUCUAUCCUGAAGGCCGCCCAGGUGAUCCCAUUCCCGGAAGACCAGGGGAGUUCUAUCCUGAAGGCCGUCCAGGUGACCCUAUUCCUGGAAGACCAGGCGAGUUUUACCCCCCAGGCCGUCCAGGUGACCCUAUUCCUGGAAGACCAGGGGAGUUUUAUCCUGAAGGCCGCCCAGGUGACCCUAUUCCUGGAAGACCUGGCGAGUUUUAUCCCCCAGGCCGUCCAGGUGAUCCCAUUCCUGGAAGACCGGGUGAAUUUUACCCAGACCGGCCAGGUGAAGGUCCUGUAGGACCAGAAAGACCUGGUGACCACAUCCCUGGAUGGCCAGAAAGACCCGGUGAAAGAAUCCCUGGACGACCUGAUGAUAGAAGACCAGGAUACCCAGGUCCUGAUGAAGCCUUCCCCCCCGAUGGCAGGUACCCUCUUGCCCCUCAGCGGCCAGUUAUUCCUCCAGGUGAAGUUGACCCUGGCAGAGUGUUCAACCCCAUCACUGGUCUGCCGGAGGACCUGGACGAGUGUGAGUUGAUGGGCCACAUGAUGUGCAAAAAUGGCCGCUGCAUCAACACCAUGGGAUCCUUCCGCUGCGAGUGCAACCCUGGCUUCCGCUACGAUGAGCCAAGCCACACGUGUGUAGACAUCAAUGAGUGUGAUGAGCUGACACCUUGCCAAGGCCUAGCCAAAUGUGAGAACACAGUGGGCAGUUACCGUUGCUCAUGCCCCACAGGAUACAGGAUCAACAGACUCACCAAUAACUGUGUUGAUAUCAAUGAGUGUGAACAGGAAGGUGUGUGCCAGCGGGGAGUGUGUAACAACUUCCAAGGGAGCUUCCAGUGCAUCUGUGACCCCGGCUACGUGCUGACCGCUGACCGCUCAUCCUGCAUUGACCUGGACGAGUGCACCCGCUCACCCAGCAUCUGCAACAAUGGCACCUGCAUCAAUUCUAUGGGCUCCUACCAGUGCCAGUGCUUCAGAGGCUUCACCGUUGGUCCUAACCGGGACUGUAUUGAUGUGAAUGAGUGCCUCAUAAAUGUGGGUCUGUGUGUCAACGGUCGGUGCCGCAACACUGAAGGCUCCUUUGUAUGUGAGUGUGCCGACGGGUACACUCUCACGCCCGAUGGUGAGCAGUGCAGGGACAUCAAUGAAUGCUCUGAGCGGGAAGACGUCUGUCCUGCACCUGGCCGCUGCCAGAAUCUGAUGGGUUCCUUUAUCUGUGACUGUCCUGAAGGCUUUACUCUAUCUCGGGAUGGAAUGUCCUGCAUAGAUGUGGAUGAAUGCAGAACAGUAGAGGACAUCUGUGAGAAUGGUGACUGCAUCAACCAGCAGGGAACCUUCCAGUGUAUCUGUCCCCCUGGCUUUGAGAUCAGCCCAGAUGGAACCAAGUGUGUUGACUACCGUCAGGAAGAAUGUUACGAGACAUAUGAGCGGGGCAUCUGUCUGAAUCCUCGGCCUGUGAGGAUCUUGAAAAAAGAGUGUUGCUGUUCCUCUGGGGCUGCUUGGGGUAUUAACUGUGACCGCUGCCCUCCUAUCAGCUCACCUGAGUUUGAGAAGCUGUGUCCCCUUGGUCCGGGCCGGUCAGAGUCUGGGGCAGAUCUCAACGAGUGUGAGAUUAUGCCAGGCUCGUGUGAGGGGGGAGACUGCAUUAACACCGACGGCUCCUUCCGUUGCGAGUGUCCCAUGGGCUACGUACUUGACAGUUCUGGACGACGUUGUAUUGAUGAGAAUGAAUGUGCUGUGGCCAAUGUCUGUGGCAAUGGAACAUGCAGCAAUGUAGAGGGAGGCUUUGACUGCUCUUGUCAGGAUGGAUUUGCUCCAGGACCAAUGCAGACUUGUGAGGAUGUUGACGAGUGUGAGGAGCUGGGUCACCAGUGUGCCUUCCGCUGUCACAACAUGGCUGGCACCUUCCGCUGCAUCUGUCCCUAUGGCUACACCCUAGCUCCCAACGGCCGCCACUGCCAAGACGUGAACGAAUGCGACACACCAGCCAACAACUGCCGCUUCCUUUGCAAGAAUCUCAUUGGAACCUUCAUGUGCAUCUGCCCUGAUGGCUACCAGCAGGUAGGUAUGACGGACGACUGCAAGGACAUCAAUGAGUGCGCACUGAACCCUAACAUAUGCAAGAGUGGGCGCUGCGUCAACACCAAGGGCUCCUACCGCUGCAACUGUUAUGACGGCUUUGUUGCCAGCAGAGAUGGCAAGCAGUGCAUCGACCAGAGGGAGGGAUACUGCUUCAGGCAACUCAUCAGUGGCAUGUGCUCCACUACUGGUGACAGCCUAGUUAAGGUGACUAAAGCGGACUGCUGCUGCACCAUGGGCCUGGCCUGGGGCCCCAUGUGUGAACACUGCCCACGCAGAGGCACUCCAGAGUAUGAUGAAAUCUGUAUGGAGGCUGGCUUCUCCAUUGAUGGCCUGGACAUUGAUGAGUGCCAGAUGCCCAAUCUCUGUCGCAAUGGCAAGUGCAUCAACACGAUGGGCUCGUACCGGUGCAUCUGUGACAAGGGUUACCAGCCAGACCACUCUGGCACCCGCUGCAUUGACGUCAACGAAUGCGAGCAAACACCAUCUCCUUGCAAGUUCACGUGCCAGAACACGGAGGGAUCAUACCGCUGCUCCUGCCCCCGAGGAUACACACUAAAUCCUGAUGGCAUUACCUGCCGGGAUCUCGAUGAGUGUGCCACAGGCCAGCACACCUGUGAGAAUGAGUGUGUUAACACCCAAGGCUCGUACAAGUGCACAUGUGCCCAAGGAUUCAAUGAAGUUGGGGAGCAGUGUAUUGACAUCAACGAGUGCCUGGAGCAAACUGGCUUGUGUGGGCCUCUGGGAACCUGCCUCAACACCCACGGAAGCUUCAGGUGCAUGUGUCCGAGAGGCUACCAGGUGGAUCCAUCAGGGACGAUGUGCAUAGACUCGGAUGACUGUCUUGAUGGAUCCUGCGACAUGGGCUGUGAGGAUGGGUUCCGUCGUCACCAGUACUACAACCAGUGUGUGGAUGAUGACGAGUGUUCCCAGGCAUCUUUGUGCGGCCCGGCCGAUUGCCAAAACACGCUUGGCUCCUACAAGUGUGGCUGCCCUAAUGGUUACUCCUUCAACUUUGAUCUCCUUAUCUGUAUUCAGGUGGAUGACAGCUGCAUAUCGAGUCCCUGUGCUUACGGUUGUAAUGCUCUUGGGGACGACAGCAUAGCAUGUGGCUGCCCUUCAGGGUUCUCCAGGAUUGGCUCAGGCCACUGCAUGUCCACCCUCAACCCCCCUGUUAGCGGGUUCCAGAAUAGUCAGUAUGGCGGUGCAGGAGGUGGUGGACAAUAUGGUGGUGGUGGUGGUUUUGAUGGGCAGGGUCAGGGCGUGUUCCCCGGUGGUGGCGUCGGUGGCCAGGGAGGAUAUGGUGGUGGUGGAUUUGGUGGUGGCAGGGGACCAGGAUUUGGUGGUGGUGUGGGCAGUGGUGGCGUUGGAGGAACAGGGCCAGGCUUUGCAGGUGGCAGGACAGGGUUUCCAGGUGGUGGUGCUGGGGGAGUAGGACCAGGAGGGUUUGGAAGAGGUGGUGGUUUUGGUGGUGGUGGUGGUGUUAAUGGUGGUGGUUUUGGUGGUGGUGGUGGUGGUUUUGGUGGUGGUGAUGGGUUUUCAGGGGGUGGAUUGCAAGGUGGAUACAUUGGUGGAGGAGGUGGACCAGGACAAGUUGGGUUGGGAGGUGGUGGAAUUGGUGGUGAAGUUGGUGGUGGCAGAGUUGGUGGAGUUGGUGGUGGCAGAUAUGGUGGUGGAGUUGGUGGAGGCAGAGUUGGUGGAGGAACCAAUGGAGGUGGAGGUCUUUAUGGCACGACUAGUAUAGGGGGUGGUGCUGGUGAGGCUGGAGGUGUUGGUGGUGCCGGAGGGGUGUAUGGGGAAGGUUAUGGCUAUGGAUACGGUGCCUCACAAUAUGACUUGGGUGGAGUGCCGACCUUCCCCAUUGGACAGCAAGACCCUCAUGGCAGCAAUGAAAAUAUAAUAUCAACCGAGGGAUGCUUCUCCUGUAAGUUCAACGGGCAGGGAGCUCCCUCAGGCAGACGAAGGCGCUCAGUCAUAGAUGAGAUUGUCAGCCCAAUAUUGCUGGCACAUGUCUCAUCCAACUUUACAGACAAGGAGGUAGUGCUGGUGCAUGCACAUAACCAAACUCACAAGGUGGUGAGAAGAAGCUUGGAGACAGAGUUUAAACGGCAGGAGAGCAUAUCCCAGAGGGCAGCAAAGAAUCCCAUCGUCCUGAAGGUUUCUCUCGACCAGACAAGACACAGGACGAGACUGAUCAAACUGAAGCCAGCCAUUACCUACCUUCAGAACAAUGUGAAGUAUGAAAUAGUGAAGGGCAAUGAGGAGGAUGUUUUUGAGAUGCGGUCACACCACCACCACGGCACCACCACCCUUCACUUCCACCGCCGCCUUCAUCAUCCAGAAACAUUUGAUAUAGAAAUCACAGGCCGUCCCCUUGACUACUCCAACAUCAGUGACGAGGCACACAGUGAACUGGACAUGAAUCUUAGAAUUAUUGUGACACACUGAGGUCAGAAAACAACAAGGGGAAUGUCAUCAUAUUUCACAGUGAAGAGUGUCUCAAGAGACUAGUGUGUGUGUGUGUGUGUGUGUGUGUGUGUGUGUGUGUGUGUGUGUGUGUGUGUGUGUGUGUUGGGGGCAAUGCCAGUUAAAAAUUACAUGAUGGUUACUUUUCCAUAAUUUAUUUCACCUACUUAGAGCUGGAGGGAUGAAAAUGUGCUCUCAGAAAAGUGAUAUUUCCUGCUCAGUCUGCCACCACUGGCCUGACACUCAUAGAACCUAGGCACCAACACCAGGCUAAGGGAACUCCAUCUCUCAUGAAUGCAAGUUUUUAUGCCUCUCUCCGCCAAGAUGUACCAUUCUCAUAGCUUCAUAAACAUUUUAUUUCCUAGAAGAACAGACAUACUAUAUUUGAAUGUUCCUUUAAUAAAAAUUCCUCACAUAAUAGCUGUUUAGUCACACAAUUACUGGGGUCCACUACUUUGCUUUCCGACUACUUUGUUACUCUAUGUACAUUGAAGUGUACUUACUAGAUAUUAGGAAGUCCCUCCCAGUUAGCUGACAUCAUGCAACGUGCAAAGCUAGAAAAAAAAUGCAGUUUGGUGAGAUUUAAGAGACUCUUCCAUUGUGGUGAUAUUUAUGAAGGUGCUAAUUUUACUUGGCUUUGCUUGAACUCAUAUAUGUAUGUGUACCUAAGGGACCAAUAGUUUUAAAGUAAUGGAUCACUGAGGGAAUGUGGUGUUGAUAUUUUGCAAGGGUUGCAUUCUUUUACUUCCACAAUAUAAAUGCAUUACGUAUUUUGUCAUGCAAGUUAAUACAAGAGAAUGACACUUAUGAUCUUGUCAAGAACCAUUUAAUAUCUGCUCAGUGAUAUUACCCUACCAUUCCCCAUCACACUCUUCCACCAAAUUUGGCACAGAACACACACAAAAAAAUGCAGAUAAAUCAUGAGUCUUCUUAAUAGUAGAACCGUUAUUCACAAUCACAUGCUUCUAAUGUAUUUUAGAUAAUGUAAAUAAGUUAGACAAUUUAUAUGCAGUAUCUGUAUAUGAGUUGUAUAACUUUUAAGGUUCAUACAAGUUCUCUCAUCCUUGUCUCUGAACACAUUCACUCGCUCUCUGCAUGGGAACACGCGAAGGCUGCCUGACCGAGCCCAAAGAGUCCAGGUUCAGCAGCGUGGUGUGUGGUGGGUGUGGUGCUUCAUGGUGUCCAUCUCCUGAAACAAUGCAUGUACCUUCCUGAGCACUAAAUAUGGCUAAACUCUAUCAACCAUUUUGAAACAGUGUACGAACAAGCUAAAUGGAAUUAAUAUACCACUUCUAUUGUAAUAUUCCUGUAUAAAACCAAACAGCAAGGUUUAAUCACGUUUUUCUGAAUAAAUAAUAUAAAAAAAAAACUGAAAUGCUGACUCUUCAAAAAUAAAGUUUCAAAACUCACCACACAGGAAGAGUAUUUGUAAGCAGGUCAUGUAGUGCCCAGGUUGGUACUGACAUUGUUCAUUCUCACUGCCAAAAGGACACCGUCUCUGCAAGAAAACAUAAGAUAACUCACCUAGGUUUAAGUGACUGUAGUGAAGGCUAUGUAGGGAGAAAACUCGCCCUUAACUCGUCCAUGGUCUAAUGCUUUAGCUCUUUUUGCAGGGCUUUAAUACCGGAGCUUUCUGAUGGAUGCAAGAAAAGAAGGUACACAUUCUGUUCUUUACAAAAUAUCAUUGAGGGAUAACCACGUGAUCUUGUGGCAGGUUGCUGAAACUAUAGUGAAUCUAAUUUUGUUAUUGAGCUAAUAGUUAAACAAAAAAUAGCUAUAUGUAUGACAAAAGUGUUACUUCAUAAUUUUCUUGUAAUUUCUGCAUAUAAAAAAUGAUCUUGUAAACUUGUAUAAAAAUUAUGUAAAGAUGGGUUUAAUGUGGGACCAAGAGUUUUUAUGAAAAUACUGUAAAGAAGGGUUCAAUGUGGGACCAAGAGCUGCAGGAUUUCCUGGCACAAAUACACACUGUUUUUUAGGGAACUGCUUCUAUGUGGUAGUGGAGACCCCUGCCUCCUCCUCUCCUUACUGCUGGCUCUUCUCUUAGACACAUCACACAUUCCAAUAUGUAAUGAUUAUGGUGAUUCAAUUAAUGAUACCAAAUACAAAUCUUCCAAGUUUGUUUCACAUCAUGCAUGGCCAUCAUUUUGAAAGCUUCAGAAAAAAUAAAUGAAUGACAAUCACAUGCAAUAUUGUAUUACCAUUUGGGUGUCUAUGGCCAAUAAAAAACUGAUAACUUCGGUGUAUGACAUGACGUCAAAGCUUUAACUGAAGAGUGGCAUCUCCAGUGAUGUACUCUGGCCUGUUUAUUAGGUAUGUAUUGUGCCAAUUUUCAGUUCAUCAAGAACAGCUUUGUGUGAAUUUGUUUGCUGUAUUAGAUGUUAGGUAAAUUUAAUAGUAGAUUAUUUAUAAUGAUUGUUACAACUACACCCCCCUUUAAUCAAUAAGAGGCUGUUUAGUAAUUCAGACUAUUCAUCUUCAGUAAUAUUUGCAAUUUGAACACUGCCUUAUUAGAUUUACUCUCCACUUUACCUUCAAUUGUUAUACUAAUGUUUCCUGAGUGUGAUAUCAUCUAAUUCUGACAUUUUUUACUUCAUUAUUUAAGCGUCCUUCCAGCAUACACUCUGAGUCCUUCCAGACACCUUCCUCUCACUUUGUGUGUGUGUGUGUGUGUGUGUUCUCUGCCUCCUUCCUUUGAUCCACUCAUUAAUCCUUCAACUUGAGUCAACACUUUUAGACACUUAGUAGUGGUCAUGUUUGCUGACCCCAAGAACUGCUUGUAAAAACUUUUCAUAAUAAAUCUCUCUCAAGA